UCUCUCCUACGGUAAAUUUUGAGUUGCCAACUAAGCUAAUUUGUUUGGUUUCACACUGUGGGGGAAACCAAAGUUUAUCUGGGACAAACUAAUAGACAUGCAAGAAGAUCAUGAAACUCCACAGAGGUUUAACCUCCAACCAGGACUGGAACUGAAGGAAGACUUGAGCCUGAUUUCUCUGAGAUGUUGAAUCGACCCAUCUGCAUGCGUAUAAAAAGCUCUACUGACCAACACACCAUCAGAUUUGCCUUGAGCUCCUCUGGGACAGAUUGUGAAGAGACGACUGUAUUCAGUGAAACAAUGCUGAAGGUACUAUUUGUGCUGGGAUGCCUCCUGUGUCUCACUCUGGCUUAUUCCGAUGACUCGGCAUCCAGCCGGGAGGAGCGCUCACCGAGGGGCCCUCAUUCUCAUAGGGGCCGUGGUCCUCCUCAUGGCAAACCUGGCCGUCCUUGUAUACCUGGGGAUCUCCUUCAGCGUCUUCUUGAGAUUCUGCGCACCACCACCACCACCACCACCACCACCAGUACCACCAGUACUGCUGCAACUACUACAGCAGCUCCAACCACAGCAGCUCCUACCACAGCAGCUCCUACCACCACGGUGGCAGCUAGAACAUAAAGAUUGUUCUCUCCCCACUAAAUAUGUCACCAUCUCCUAGUUCUUCAUGCUGUUUC